AGCUCGAUCAAAACCCAGCUAAAGAACCGGUACCCAAACUAAACCUACUACAUUCUCUAUAUUUGACAGAGAUCGCAUGGCUUUCACGGAGCAAGAUUUAUUCGGUACCGAUUCUGAGGAAGAAGAGGACCGAAACGACAGCGAUCACAAUAAAGGCCAAGAUGGGACCCGCGAUUCAUCGUCUUCUCCAGCAUCUUCUUCCUCCUCCUCAUCCUCAUCCGCAGCUUCUUCGUCGUCUUCUUCCUCCGGUUCCUCCUCAUCGAACGAUAGUCGUGGGGGUAAGAGUAGCGACGCUAGUGGGAGCGUGAGCGGUGGAGGAGAAGAGAAUGGGGAGGAACUAGAUAACUAUGAUAGUAGAGGUGGCGGGACUAAUGAGGAGAUUGAUCUGUUUGGGUCUGAUAAUGAAGAGUACACUAGAACCCCUGCUAUCAGCCCAUACCCGAUUCCUGUGCUACCUGUUAUUCGCAACACCAACAACCAAGGUAGAGGGAAUUUUGGGCGUGGUCGUUGGCAGCCAAAUGACAGAGGAGCAGGGAUUCUGCCCCGUCCUGGAUAUCCUCCAAGGCAGGGCUAUGGCUAUGGGUCAAAAUUUUCAAAUGGCCAUCGUGAUGAACGUUUUGUUUCUGAACUAAAGCUUUCAAAGAGUGAAGAAACUUUAUCACGAAAACGCAUUGCUUUUCAAGAGCCAAGUGAAUUUGCUUGCUAUAGCCGUGUAGAAGGUGGAGAUGUUUACUUUGACGAUCGUAACCUGAGGCUGUUUAAGCGUCUUAUUUCUGCAGAUGUUGGAGCAGAUCUUAAUGUAGGCUAUGAUACUUUUGUUGAGAAAAAGGAACUGGGCUCUCAAGGUUUUGGCGACCUUCUUGCCUGCAUAAGGCACAAGAAUUACCCCCUUCAGAACAUUCAUUUUGUGACAUUCAGAAAUAACCUUAAUAAGAUAUUGGCGACGGCUUAUAUUCGAAAUAGGCCUUGGGAAAUGGGUGUACAUAAAAGGAAGGGAGUUGUCUAUCUUGAUGUUCAUAAGCUACCAGAAAAGCCGCAAAGUGACUUGGAUCGUCGAAGGUGUUAUUGGGGUUAUUGUUUUGAGAGCCUUGCUACUGAGGAUCCACAAAGAGUUGAUGGAGAAGCGAUACAUCAUGUUGACGCAAAUGUUGAAUACUGUUCUGUGAUUAAAACUAAAUUAGGGGCGCACCGUGUUGUGAUGGGUGCAGAAAUGGAUUGCUGUGACUCAACUGACGAUGGAAGGAGGUUCUACGUGGAGUUAAAGACUACUCGUGAGUUGGACCAUCAUACUGAGGAAAGAUUCGAGAGAGAGAAACUACUUGAAUUUUGGAUACAAUCAUUCUUAGCUGGUGUUCCUUAUAUUGUUGUUGGAUUUAGGGACGAUUCUGGUCGACUUGUCCGCACAGAGAGACUACGAACCACUGAGAUAACACAAAGAAUAAAAAUGAAGAACUAUUGGCAGGGAGGGGUCUGCCUAGCAUUUGCAGAUGAGGUAUUAUGUUGGCUUUACGGAACAGUUAAAGAGGAUGAAGAUUACAUAUUGCAGUUUGCUCCUCCUUCCAACCGCUUGGAGCUUCUACAAGCCCAAUCUUGCCCGGAUGUAAUUGCAGACCAUGUUGAGCAACUGUAAUCAUUUUGGACUCGCACCUGCUGCUAUGGAUAGGAGCCAGCUGAUUUCCUACUAUUUCUCUCUCAUGGGGCGAGAGGAUAGCUCAUAGUUCUGCAGAUGAAAGAACCUACUCUCCGCACUGAGCUCAAUAGCCAGAAAUUUGCAGGUUCUUGAUUUGUGUAGGAAAUGUGUUAGAAGUGGCUGUAAAUCCCUUUUUUCUCGUCUAAUCUUUAGUGAUUAUUAGGACACAUUGAUCCUCAAACUUCAAAUAGGAAAAGUAGAAAUUAAUUUAGACAUCAAAUCGUGGGUGUAUGUGAUUAAAUAGAGGAAUUCAGUUUUAUUGUGGUAGGUGUUUUUUUUUUU